AUGGAUAGUUCUUCGGGAGUGAGAAAAGGAGCAUGGACUAAAGAGGAAGAUGAUCUUCUGAGGCUGUUCAUUCAGAACCAUGGAGAAGGGAAAUGGAACCAGGUUUCUCUACAUUCAGGGUUAAAGAGAUGCAGAAAAAGCUGUAGACUAAGGUGGUUGAACUACUUGAAGCCAAGCAUCAAGAGAGGACACUUUGCUGAGGAUGAAAUAGAUCUAAUAUUAAGGCUUCAUAAGCUUUUAGGAAACAGGCAAUUUUGCCAUCCUUCAUCUUGA